AUGGAGCAAGAGCAGGAACAAGCCAUCGCAGGGCGUGUUGAACAUGCAGACGAAGCUGCUCGACGUGAUUCGCAAGAAACAGCCGUGGAGAUCCAACUCGGGACAGAAGCGAGAUACUGGAAAGAGAGGCGGGCGAGAGACGCGCAGGCGUGGUUGAGCGAGGUGUUGUAUGGCGGUGUGGACGGUGUUGUACUGGUAAGGAGUCUGGCGGAUUUUGUGGGUCCUGUUGGGAGAUUUGCGGUCGAGGAGGAAAAGGGUGAGGAGGCAGAGGUUGAUGGCGAAGUGAGGGAUGGGGAGGAGGAUGCUAAACGUCAGCGUCUGAGAGACUCACAUUCACAUCGACAUCCAGCGGCAGAAAAGAAAAUACAUGUGCACUACGCGCUCUGCGAACCCGUCCCUCAAUACAUCAAACGUACCAUAAUCGACGCCAGCCUACACUCCUUCGCGAGGGAAGGGAAGAAGCAGGGGAGGGAGAAUGCGAAGGAGAAGCAAGAGAAAGAGAAGCAGAGCUGGAAGGGUGCCAUUGGAUAUGAUCGUGAAGAUGAGGAAGGAGUCGUUGUCGGAGCAUUUGAGGGGGGUGGUGCCGAUGUUGAAUGA